UUCUUUAUUUUUCUUAAGCGCAAUAUGCUGCAUUUUUUAGCACUUCGCACGGGUCAUAAGACAAUAGAACAAGAGGUUGCCUUUGAAAAUCACAAAACACACUUAGUUUUGUUAAAAAAACAUAAAAUCACAAUAUAUGUGUUCUUACAUGUUCAUUGUGUGUUUUCAAAUGCACAAAAAUCCUAGCUUUAUUUUUAUAUUUUUUUUUCUAACAGCUUGAUAUUAAUACCCGAGAAACAAAUCUACAUGUAACAUACUUCUGGACAAAACAUAAAAGUAAACCAAUCAUUCAUUCAGCAACAAAGGUUUUAAGAAUAUUUAGCUGACACAAUUUCUAUUUGCGGACAUUGUUUCUGAUUAUGAACUACAGCUCCCAGGAUCACUUGAGAAGAGAUGAGGGAGCGACGAUAGCAGAAACACUGCAGCUCUAAGGACGCUGUUGAAAUAACUGCAGGAACACUGACCAAUGCAGCGCCUCUGUCACAAUUUAAGGGUCACGUCACGUGACCCCAUGAAAACGGCCGAAAAAAAAAUCGCCCUUUUCACGACAGCGUGACACGCAAACGGCGCGACAGACACCUAAUACGGACGGCGAUAGUGAGAGGGUCUGAGGGUUGCUGUUGGGGCAGGGUGAGGGCGGAGGAGGCGGCGCUGCCAUUCCCUGCGUGUGGCUGGUUUCCUGUAUCCUCGCUACCCCCGGCUCCCGCUUCCUUUCUCUUGGCUUCCAGGACUUUAUGCGAGGAGGGUCCACCCCGGAGCUUGGCUGCUCUAGGCUGGGGCAGAAACGGGGGGGAGACGGGUGAUUUUGCCCUCCCCCUCAGCGAGUUCGGAGCUUUUCUCCCCUUUCCGUUCUCCCAGGUGCUCGGACAGGAGCAGCCGGAAAGCGAAAUGGCGUCCAACACGGACAGGGAGAUCAUUCUGACCGACUAUCAGGACCCCAGAAGCAGUAUAGUCGCUGAACCCAUGGGCAUUUUUCCAAAAAUCGACUUUUCAGAUCCACUGGCUCAGCCGCAUUUGGAUGAGAUGAAGGACCAGAUAAAGCGUGAAAUUAGAAAAGAACUUAAAAUCAAAGAAGGUGCUGAAAAUCUUCGUAAAGUCACUACGGAUAAAAAAAACUUGGCUUAUGUGGACAAUAUAUUAAAAAAGUCAAACAAAAAACUAGAAGAGCUUCACAACAAUCUGCAAGAACUAAAUGCACAUAUUGUAAUGCGAGAGGCAGAGAAUCUUCCAGAUUGUCCAAAAACUCCAGAUACUCCUAAAAGUGAUUCUGGCUCUUCAGCUUUUAAUGGAAGGCUGAUAGCAUUACAGAAGCAACUAGACAUUGAGUUAAAAGUGAAGCAAGGAGCUGAAAACAUGAUUCAGACCUACUCUAAUGGACCUUCAAAAGAUCGAAAACUUCUUGGCACUGCUCAGCAAAUGCUCCAGGAUAGCAAGACUAAAAUAGAAGUAAUACGCAUGCAAAUUUUACAAGCCAAUCAGCAGACUAAUGAGAUGUCUUUUGACAAUGCAAAACCUGUGAUAAGCCCCCUUGAGCUGAGAAUGGAAGAACUACGACACCACGUUAGGAUAGAAUUUGCUGUAACUGAAGGAGCAAAGAAUGUCAUGAAGCUUUUGGGUUCAGGAAAAGUUACAGACAGAAAGGCUCUUUCUGAAGCUCACUCAAGAUUUAACGAGUCAAGUCAGAAGCUGGAUCUCUUAAAAUAUUCCUUGGAACAGAGACUCAGUGAACUUCCAAAAAACCAUCCCAAGAGCAGUGUUAUUAUUGAGGAGCUUUCCCUAGUUGCAUCUCCAACAUUAAGUCCACGCCAAAGCAUGAUUUCUACACAGAAUCAGUACAGUACACUAUCCAAGCCAGCGGCUUUAACAGGUACCUUGGAAGUUCGACUUAUGGGCUGUCAAGAUAUACUGGAAAAUGUACCAGGCAGAUCCAAGGCUGCCUCUGCUACCUUACCAGCAUGGAGCCCAAGUGAAGCACGGUCCUCCUUCAUGAGCAGAACGAGUAAAAAUAAAAGUGGUAGCAGUCGGAACCUUCUGAAGACAGAGGAAUUUUCCAAUGAGGUCUGUGCUAUGUUAAAGCUGGACAAUACUGUGGUUGGUCAGACCAACUGGAAACCAAUAUCCAAUCAGUCAUGGGAUCAGAAGUUUACACUGGAACUGGAUAGGUCACGAGAGUUGGAGAUCUCUGUUUUUUGGCGUGACUGGAGGUCGUUAUGUGCAGUUAAGUUUCUGAGGCUAGAAGAUUUCUUGGACAACCAGCGACAUGGCAUGUGCCUAUAUUUAGAACCUCAGGGCACACUCUUUGCUGAGGUAACCUUCUUUAACCCGGUUAUUGAAAGAAGGCCAAAACUUCAGAGGCAAAAGAAAAUAUUUUCCAAGCAGCAAGGCAAAACAUUUCUCCGUGCUCCUCAGAUGAACAUUAAUAUUGCCACAUGGGGUAGGCUGGUGAGAAGGGCAAUCCCUACAGUGAAUCAUUCUGGAACCUACAGCCCUCAGGUUGCUGUUCCUGCCGCCGUGCCUGUUGUGGACCCACGAAACCUAGAACUUUCACCAAUCAGUGAGUCUACUGUAGCAAAAUUGGAUUUCGACUUAGAACCUGAAGCUCCUCCCGCUCCUCCUCGGUCGUCAUCUCUCGGUGACCUCUAUCAACCUUCAGCAGAACAUAAAGCACCUAACGUCCCAGUGCCGGAUACAAAUUAUGAAAACUCAAAUAACAGAAUCAGUGUCAUUGCAAAGCCAACGGCAGAAGUAACUAUUGAACCAGAGAUUCCAGUAUCCGAUAUGAACUAUAGCACAAUUGAAGAAUCGGAGGACAGACGGAUUCAACAGCGUUUCCAGUUCAGUCUUCAAGAUUUCCAUUGUUGUGCUGUGCUCGGUAGGGGACAUUUUGGAAAGGUGUUGUUGGCAGAGUACAAAAGCACAAAUGAGAUGUUUGCAAUCAAAGCCUUAAAAAAAGGAGACAUUGUUGCACGAGAUGAAGUUGACAGCCUUAUGUGUGAAAAGCGCAUUUUUGAAACUGUGAAUAGUGUACGCCACCCUUUCUUGGUAAACUUAUUUGCCUGCUUCCAAACCAAAGAUCACGUCUGCUUUGUUAUGGAAUAUGCAGCUGGUGGGGACCUAAUGAUGCACAUUCAUACUGAUGUAUUUUCAGAACCAAGGGCAGUUUUUUAUGCAGCCUGUGUCGUCCUUGGUUUGCAGUAUUUGCAUGAGCACAAAAUUGUUUAUAGAGAUCUGAAGUUGGAUAACCUGUUGUUGGACACUGAAGGAUUUGUGAAAAUUGCAGACUUUGGUCUUUGCAAAGAAGGAAUGGGUUUUGGGGACCGGACAAGCACUUUCUGCGGGACUCCUGAGUUCCUGGCUCCAGAGGUGCUUACAGAAACAUCGUACACCAGAGCAGUGGAUUGGUGGGGUUUGGGAGUACUCAUUUAUGAGAUGCUUGUUGGUGAGUCCCCCUUUCCAGGAGACGAUGAAGAGGAAGUGUUUGACAGUAUAGUUAAUGAUGAAGUCAGAUAUCCACGAUUUCUGUCUACAGAAGCUAUCUCCAUAAUGAGAAGACUUUUGAGAAGAAAUCCAGAGCGUCGACUUGGUGCAAGUGAAAAAGAUGCUGAAGACGUAAAGAAGCACCCUUUCUUCAGACAUACAGACUGGAACGCUUUGCUAGCAAAGAAAGUCAAGCCCCCAUUUGUACCCACCAUCAAAGGACGGGAAGAUGUGAGCAAUUUUGAUGACGAAUUUACCUCAGAAGCUCCUAUUUUAACGCCACCCCGGGAGCCAAGGAUACUGACAGAAGAAGAGCAAGAAGCAUUUAGAGAUUUUGAUUACAUCGCGGAUUGGUGUUGAGUACGUGGACACUGUGAAACUGGAGCAAAAUGGCAAAUACUGUCCCCAGCCAUCUUGUGCCAUCUUCAGUUCCUAAUUAUUUUAUUUUUGAAAUUACAUGAAGAUUCUUUCAAAUUACUAUUUUAUAUAAACUCCGCUGAAGAGUGGCCUCUUUCAACAAAUGCCCAUUUUUUUAUUUUCUUUUAUUAUUUUAACAAGCACUGGAAGCAGUUUCAAGUCUGGUCCAGCUAACCCUACGGAUGCAGGCACUGAGCUAGAUAUCUGUACUGUACCCUCUCUUGUUCGUACUGGCAAGGAUUAUCCAGAGCAGAAUAUUCUCUGAAUCAGAGCUGAUAAGAACCAAUUGAAUUAGAGAACUCUUUACAUUGACCAACCUUUUAUAAUGUUCCAAUGCUAAUCUAUGUUCAGAGAGUCCUUUUAACCAUAACACUAGUAGUCACUUUAUAAAAAUAAAUCACUGUCUGUAGCAGGAGGGCCCUUUCACUCUUGUUGGACUACAGCUCUUAUUGUCCAUCCAUUCUGGGAAUUGUAGUUCAAAAAGAGUUGCAGCUGCAGCUCAUUAACCUCUAUCUGUUGGAUAUCUCAUAACAAAUAAGGUGUUAUUUUUAGUGUGGUUUGAUGAUUUAAGUGAAUGAUUUAUCAGAAAGAAAAGCCAUAUAUAUAGGCGUCCUGCUGGUUUCCAUAAAUGUCAAGUUGGUUGUUACUGGUGCUGGGGUUUAGAAGCCAACAGUCUGGUUUUUGCCUUCAAAGAAAGCCAGGCCUUUAACACUUAUAGCCCACCCUCUAAUGUUCACCAGACAGCCCCUUUAAAGAAUGGCUUAUAUUUAGUUUUUGUCCUCUCCUUGAUAAGCUAAAAAUGGUAGGGCGACCAAGUGUUUAGAACUAGUGAUGUGUUGGUCAGAUUGAAACCUGUGGGCCAUGGGUCAGAGAAGGGCUUGGGCUGGCAUCUGACAUCCAAACAUUUUGAGGGUCACGGGCAGGUUCUAGCCGAAACUUUUCCUCCUACACCCCCCUACAACCUUACAAUAUCCCCUCUUCUGCCUUCAGCAGCCUGUAUUUAUAGGAAUGCACCUGCUCCACCUGCCCCCCUUUAUGACAUCAGAGAUGGGCAGUGCAGGCGUGGGCCUUAAAAUACAGGAGGCCAAAUCGGGUUGGAUUAGGCGGGUUAUGGCUGGCGGUCAACUGCGCAACCUGCACGCCCCUAGGAACCACUCCGGGGGCAAUUAAACAUUUCGAGUCUCUUAAAAAAUAGAAAACAUCCUUAAGGUAAAGAUGUAAUCCUAGCAAUGAGCAAUGGGAGCAGCUGCACAAAUAAAUUCCCAUCGAUAUAGUGAUUUAUUUAACUCAAUGCUAAACUUAACAUUACUACUUUGUAGUGCAUGAUAGGUAUAAGUAGCUGUGAAUUGGAUAGAGCUAGAACAAAUUGUGAUGCUCACUCACUGAAAUGUAUCAGCCACAACCAACUUGAAUUUGAUGGAAUUUUUAAUGGAAAUGAUGACUGUUUUUAUAUAUGAAUUGUUCCCCAGGCUUGCACCUGUUGCUAAUGAAUUAGUAUAUAGGGGCAGCACAACGUAUAUAUAUAUCUGUAUUCCUGUUCACUUUUAGCAGCUUUUUUAGUUUUGCUGAUUUGAAUAUGUGAAUCUCGGCAGAUGCCUUUGUAAAAGUCGUUUAGUGCUCAUUUCUAGCAGCCAGACCUUCACUUCUCAAUGCCUUAAAUCUUUUUUAGGUAUUUGCCAACUUGCCUGGGGCUGCCACUAGGUGUC